AUGGCAACUGGUAGCGGCAAAACUUUGAUGAUGGCGGGAUUAAUUUUGUAUUUAUACGAAAAAGGCUAUCGGAAUUUUCUUUUUUUUGUGAAUAGCACUAACAUUAUUGACAAAACCAAAGAUAACUUUUUAAAUGAUACUUCAAUUAAAUACCUUUUUAAUAAAUCUCUUUCUUGGGAGGAUAAAAAAAUUGACAAAGCCACUGUAAUUCAAAAAGCAAAAGAAGAUAAUGAAGCACUAAAAUCCUUCAUCCAGCAAGAACGAAAAAAACAUGGUUAUUCUUUCCAACCAACUCAUAAACCAAAUCCCCAAGAGGAAAAGAAAAUCCAAUACCAACAAAAAGAAAUUGAUUACUUGAAACAGCAAUUAACUGAAUUACAAAACGAAAUAAAUGAACUAAAAAAGCAAAAUCCCAACUCCGACCAAAAUACUAACCCAGAAAUUCAACAAAAAAUAGCCACUCUCCAAAACCAAAAAGAGCAAGUUCAAAAAACUUUAAAACAAAAACAAUCCCAACAGGAAAAAAUUAAACAACAAGCCAAUCCACAACAACCUAAUAAUGGAUUUAAUUGGUUAUAUGUAGUUAUUCCUGGAGCGGUUUUAUUGGUGGUAAUGGGAAUUAUUAUUGCUUAUUUGGUAGAAAAUAAUUACUAUACCGGCGUCGGAAGAAGAAAAAGUGCUAGUGCGACAGUUUAUUUAAAAUCUGGUGGCACAGGAAAAAUAGAAAUCAGCAAAAGAGGAAAAAAAGAGAAGAAGGAUCUUGACGAAUAUUUUACUAAUUCUUUGCUUAAUAAAAAAGAGAUUUUAAGACCCUUGGAACUUUUGAAUAAACAAAAUGAUUAUAACUUAAAAAUUAGAGUAAAAGGGGGGGGGAUAACCGGGCAACUAGAAGCCAUUCGUUUAGGAAUAGCAAAAGCACUUUUAGAAGUUUCUCCUGAAUAUCGAACCACUUUGAAAGGAUUUGGUCUAUUAACUCGCGACCCUCGAAGAGUAGAAAGAAAGAAAAUUGGCUUAAAGAAAGCUCGAAAGGCUACUCAAUAUUCUAAACAAAAUUUACAAUCAAGUGGUUAUAAAAAAUUAACCGACAUCCAAGAAAAAGUUAUUCCGCUUAUUUUGGAAGGAAAAGAUGUUAUCGCUCAAUCUCGAACAGGAACCGGAAAAACUGCGGCUUUUAUUAUUCCUAGUUUGGAAAAAAUAGAACCAGGGACAAAGCCCCAAAUUUUAGUUUUGGUGCCGACACGGGAAUUAGCCUUACAGGUCAGCGAAGAAACCGAGAAAUUAUCUCAAAAUAGCAAAUUACGAAUACUAGCUGUUUAUGGUGGUGCUUCGAUGGAAAAUCAAUUACGAGCCUUUCGUUUUGGUGUUGAUGUAGUAAUUGGCACGCCCGGACGAAUACUUGACCAUCUUGCUAGAAAAAGUCUUCAAUUAACUAAUUUAAAAUUUGUCAUCCUUGAUGAGGCUGAUGAAAUGAUUAAUAAGGGAUUUUUAGCAGACAUCGAAAAAAUAAUUAAAAUGACUCCUGCCGAACGGCAAACUUUACUUUUUUCGGCUACUAUUACUCCACAAGUUUCUCAAUUUGCUAACCUUUACUUAAAAAAUCCGGAACGAAUUAGUGGAGAAACAAAAAAUGCACCAGAAAAUGAUAUUAAACACUAUUAUUUAGAAUCUGCUUCUCGGCAAAAAAGUUUUUUUUUAGUUGAUUUUCUUCUUCUUCACAGCUCAGAAUUAAUUAUUAUCUUUGCGAAUACUAAAAGAAUGGUCGAACAAAUUAACGAAAGAUUAAGCAAAGAAAGACUAAAAGUUGAUUAUAUCCAUAGUGAUUUGUCCCAAUCUCGUCGAACUAGAGUUUUUAAUAAAUUUAGAACUAAGCAGAUAUCUUUAUUAGUUGCCACCGAUGUUGCUGCCCGAGGUCUACAUGUUGAUGAUAUUGCCUAUGUAAUUAAUUAUGAUUUUCCGCAAAGUUCAGAGUUUUAUAUUCAUCGAAUUGGUCGUACUGGUCGAGCCGGAGCCAGCGGACAAGCCAUAACUUUUAUUAGUUCUCCCCAAGAAAAAAAAUGA